UGUCUCCGCCGCUCGCUAGAACGCGCGUCGGUCGCGAACGCUAUGGAACUCGGUGCAUUCGCAUUCCGCUGCGAGUCGUGUUUUGUGACUGAGUGAACGUUCGCGUCUGUUGCUUCGUUGCUUUGACACUUUUAGAUUACGAAGGUGUGUUCUCGAGUGUCAUGUGUGGUGUUUGACGUGUUUUGGAUUGGAUGUGUCUGGAUUCGCCAUGUAUUCUGCUCCGACUCGCCACCCGGCUGCGGGGGGCGCUCCACCUAACCCGGGCCAACUCAAGUUCACUAUAGCAGAGACUUGCGAGCGAAUCAAAGAGGAAUUCAACUUCCUACAAGCCCAGAACCAUACGCUUAAAUUGGAGUGUGAAAAACUUGUUAGUGAGAAGACUGAAAUGCAGAGGCAUUAUGUUAUGUACUAUGAAAUGUCAUACGGGUUAAAUGUGGAAAUGCACAAGCAGACUGAAAUUGCGAAACGCCUCAACGCCAUCAUAGCUCAAGUAUUACCCUUCCUAGCCCAAGAGCACCAACAGCAGGUGGCAACAGCCGUGGAGCGAGCCAAGCAAGUCACCAUGACAGAACUGAACGCCAUCAUAGGGCAACAGCAGCAACAGGGUCUACAGCAACUUUUGCAACAGAUCCAUGCACAGCAGAUGCCGGCUGGUCUACCCAUGGGUCCUCAUCCCCCCGCGUCACUACUGGGCUUCCCCACCAACCCCCCGCCUCACCCACUCCUCAAGGCAGCGGACCUGCAUGCUCCCAGAGAGCCUGUCGACCUCAAAGGACCUUCUACAUUGUCUGAUGACAGACUGAGGAGUUCCGUAUCUCCCGGGGAGAAGUAUCGCCCAAGGUCACCGGUCGAUCCUGAAGUGAAGAGGCGGAAACAUGAGAAAAUCCAACCACACGAUAGCGAUGGGGACAAGAGUGACCAGGAGUUGGUAGUCGAUGUGGCUAACGAGGAGGCAGGGUCGCCGCAGCACAACGGAGACAGUUUGUCUAGUGAUGUGAGAGAGAACGGCUCGAGUGGAGGAGCGGCCGCGGGUGUCAAGAUAGAGAGGCCGACCAGCCGCAGCGGUUCCUGCUCGUCCAACCGAUCCACUCCGUCCCUCAAAAGUAAAGAUAUGGAAAAGCCCCCCACGCCAGUAUCCAAGUCGAGUACCCCCACCCUGGGGGGAGCCCCUGGGGGCUCCAAGCCCCCCGUCCCACCCCCCAUGCACCCAUCUUUCGGUCUCGGCCGUAGCGCCGGUGACGUCUUCAACGCCGCAGCCUCCCCUUACUCCCGACCCCCCAAUAUGAUGGCUUUCGAUGGGCAUCCGCACUCCCGAGCUCCCGUCUCCGGAUCAAAUGGCCUCAACAUUCCAGGCGGAAAACCAGCGUAUUCAUUCCACAUGAACGGAGACGGGCAGCUGCAGCCAGUGCCUUUCCCGUCGGACGCGCUGCUAGGCCCCGGCAUCCCCCGUGCCGCACGACAGAUCAACACACUCAGCCAUGGCGAGGUUGUUUGCGCCGUCACCAUCUCCAACCCUACCAAGUACGUCUACACGGGAGGCAAGGGGUGUGUCAAGGUCUGGGACAUCAGUCAACCACACGCCAAGGCACCGGUCUCACAGCUAGACUGUCUACAAAGGGAUAAUUACAUUCGUUCGGUGAAGCUGCUGCCAGACGCUCGUACACUGAUAGUCGGUGGCGAGGCAAGCAACCUCAGUAUCUGGGACCUGGCGUCUCCCACGCCCCGGAUAAAGGCGGAACUGACGUCCUCAGCUCCGGCCUGCUACGCGCUUGCAAUCAGUCCAGACUCCAAGGUGUGCUUCAGUUGCUGCAGUGAUGGCAACAUCGCAGUGUGGGACCUUCACAACCAGACACUGGUGAGGCAGUUCCAGGGCCACACUGACGGAGCCUCGUGUAUUGACAUCUCCGCAGACGGCACCAAGCUGUGGACGGGAGGUCUGGACAACACUGUCCGCUCAUGGGACCUGCGUGAAGGACGCCAGCUUCACCAACAUGAUUUCUCUUCGCAGAUAUUCUCUCUGGGUUACUGCCCCACGGGUGAGUGGCUGGCUGUGGGGAUGGAGAACAGUAAUGUAGAAGUGUUACACGCACACAAGCCAGACAAAUACCAGCUGCACCUCCACGAGAGCUGUGUGUUGUCGCUGCGCUUCGCCGCGUGUGGCAAGUGGUUUGUGUCUACCGGCAAGGACAACCUCCUCAAUGCCUGGCGGACACCUUACGGAGCUUCUAUCUUUCAGUCCAAAGAGUCGUCCUCAGUGUUGAGUUGCGACAUCUCGGCUGACGACAAGUACAUUGUGACGGGCUCGGGAGACAAAAAGGCGACCGUCUACGAAGUUAUCUACUGAUGGUGUUCUAUGCUGACUAUGUACAAAGUAUUUGUGUGGCUGUGUAUAGAAUAGUGGCGUUGUGCCUCGGACUCUAAACAAACAAGUGUAGUUCCAUUUUCAGUUGUAACUUUUCCGUUUAAGAUCUGUUAAUUUAUUUGUGUAUACGGCAUUUUCUCAGGACUCUGAAGUUCGUAUUUUGUUAUUGUUUCCUAUAAAGUGGCAGAGCUUUGAUGUUUUCAAUAUUUUAUCAAUUUCUUUUGUAAAGUGACUAAGACAUCUCAUUUGUCUUGUUAAAUAAAUGUUUCAUUUUUAAA